AUGAACUUGAGCGAAGUGGAGGAGCUUUGUGAAGCCGCCGCCUAUUUCAUGGAUACGGAGCUGGCCCAUAUCGUCGCUUCGCAGAGGAACCUCGAUGCAUGGAACGAGGUCUGCCGAGAAGUCUUUGACAACUUGAGCCUCGAGGCGCAGCAGCUGCUCCGGGAGAUGCUGUCUUCCGGCCGUCAUCGCAAGGAGCUGAUAGAUUGGGAAAUCGACGGACGAAGUGGCCGAUGGAAGCAGCAGGUCAUCGCAAGUGUUACGAAUGGCACACUCAAGGAGAAGGCAGAACUGCCGGAGUUUGUUCCAUUGCAUCAGAUUCCAGUGGCUUUCAAAGAUGCCAGGGUAUUGAGAUUCAAUGGCCGGGAACUUCUUCCAGACAGCAUGUUCAAUGCAACGAUGGCUGACAUAGCGCGACUUCAUCCGUACUCGGCCGACAGCACCUUCAUGUUCGGUUCUUUUGAUUUUGGGGGCUCUGUCUGUCGCAUAUUGUUGCUGCUUCCCGUGACGCGAUUCUACCCGCGAAUCGGUCACAAAGCAAUUUUCCCUGUAAUGAGGUCCGUUAUGGUGACGCUGGCGAGCUUCUGCAAGCUGCAGCCAAUGACAUACUCCGUCGAACACCCGGAGAGGUUGCUGGCCAUAGGACCAGGUAAUGUGAAUCUGCGCCGUAUCCCCAAGUUCGAUGGAGGCCUUAAUGUUUCUGGUCGAGUGGGGCUGGGAAGCCAAUCAACGAGAGGUCUUAGUCUGCUCUGGUAUGGCGUCAAUCCAACCAAAUGGUGGCAUACUCUCCACACGGACGUGCAGGACAACGUUUUGAUCGAGCUCGUGUCGGCAACAAACGUCUACGUUUUCCCUCGCGAGCUCUUCUGGAACGCAUCCUCAGAUGUCAAUAUCACUGGGGAGUAUCAUAAGAUCAGGCUAGAGCCGGGACAGGGGGUUGCCAUCCCGAGCAACUUCCUGCAUACAGUGGAGCAUUUGUCGGACAGCCGCUUGGCUGUCAAUUACUUCUUUGAACCCGAAUUUGGUGAAAUGCAAUGGCCAAAUGGCAAAGGCAAUUAUUACACUGAAAUGGCCAAAGCCAACAAAUCGCAUUUGGCCAUGAGAUCCUUAUGGUUUGGUUCCGUUGGGCAGCUGUGGGACAGGUUCAAGAUUGGCAUGUACAUGCACAGCUGGAAGAUGGAGGUGCUUUAA